AUCUGUAUUUCAUGGAAUUUCUCAUCCAUUUACAAGUUGGAACCGUUUAACAAACACAUCCAACAACAAACCCCUACUUGGCUAUUUAUUUGAAUUCUUUGCUUUUCCUUCGAAUUCACAUUCUGAAAAAUGCACUUCCAUCUCUAGAUUCCUAGACCAUAGAGACCUCAUUCAGCUCACUUGAAAUCUCAUUCAACCUUUUCAUGGGGAACUACAUUUCCCAUCGGAAGUCCGUCAUGUCAGGAAAAGUAAUACUAUCAGAUGGCACUGUCCAUAAGUUCGAUCAUUCUUUAACCGUUGCAGAACUUAUGCUAGAACAUCCACAGCAAGUAGUCGUUGAAUAUCGUCUACUAAUGAAUGGAAAUAGGCCUACACCGUUGCCUGCUGAUAAGAAACUAGACAUGAAAAAAUCCUACUUAAUGCUACCAAUGAAGAGGGGGAAUUCAACAUUUGCAGCUGAUGACGCUCGUCAAAUUCUCUUAAAAGCCAAGACUGCUCUGAAAUCAGGCUCGAUUUUAUCUUCAUCAAAAUUACUUCCACUGCUCGCACUGAUUUGUCGACCUUCUAUUAAUAUUAAAGUUGGACAUGGACUUGUAUCGCAGAAGGAAGAUAGCUGUUCAGUUAAGGAACGAGAGAAGACUAAAACCUUAAUGGAACUUAUGCCAGAAGUUUUCGAACAAGAGCCAGAAUUCCUAAGUAGACAGUUUUCAGGAAAGGGUUGGAAACCUAGUCUUGACACCAUUGUAGAGAAAAGAAUUGAGAAGGUCCCUCACUGGUUGUUUUAGAUAGUUAAAGAUUGUAACAGUCAGAUUCUAGAAGUUGACGUGGAUAUCUGUGAGGGCAUGCCCAUGGUUGGUGUAAAUACAAGUUGCCGAAAUGAAGGAUAAUUCAUGGAUUGUACAAGAUGCACAUCUAAUUUCAUUCUUCAUUUUGUUUCCCUUCAUUUAUUUUUUAAAUCUAGCAGAAGUCUCA